CUGAAGGCUACAGAAGCUGUUUCAUUUUUUCACCGCACACACACACAACGUUUACCUGGGUCAAGACAAGAAGCUUUUGCUGACAACCACGUAGAGUUGGUCAUGGACUACAUAGAGCCUAUCCUGUCUAUCGCCUCAGAGAUCUACACCCUGGUUGAGAAAGUGAAGGCAAAUCGGGAGCGAUGCCAGCGUCUUUCUUGCCGAGUCAAAGCUCUGGAAAAGGUCAUCAAAGAGACAGGGAAGAGACAACCCUCUGGUGAGGUAGAACAAGCUCUCAGGGAACUCCACAUCACUCUGGAAUCAGCAAAAAACUUCAUUGAGAAAUUCACUUCGGCCAAUUUGAUGAAGCGCAUUGUGAACUCUGGAAGCCAUGAAGGCGAGUUCGACAUCUUUAAUGAGCGCCUCAGUGAUGCCGUCCAGGUUCUGUCUGUAUUUCUGCAGGUGGAGCAACAGAAUGUGUUGGACCAGGUGUUUGAUCAGACCACCAGACAGAAAGAAGAUGCGGUCGAUGGGAGAAAGGACAACGAAGAGCUGAAGAAAUUGCUGCAUGACUACAUGAAGGCACAGGAGGAGAAGUAUGAACAACUCAGAAUCGACGUAGAAAAGCGCAUGGCGUCCUUGAACAAGCCCAGCAUCACUGAGAUAACCACACGGAUGAUCAAAUCAGACGAGCUGAAAUAUGACCAUCCUAAAAAGCCUUUCAUGACAACACCAUCCUCAGAGGUCUACAGAGGAGAAUACAAUGGAUUCCCUGUGGCAAUCAAGCGAUACACUGACCUUUUAAACACCAGCUUACGGGACGUGAAGUCUAUUUUCAAUAAGGAAGUUGAAACUAUGAAACGGUUUGAGUCUCCCAACAUCCUGCGAAUGUUUGGCAUCUCUGUCAAGGAUGAGGAAGGACCCAGCCCUCAGUUCCUCAUCAUAAUGGAGUACUGUGAGAAGGGAAGUCUCCGCCAGGUUCUGGACUCUGACUGCAAACUGUCCUGGACCAGAAAAGCAUGUAUGUGUCUGGAUGCAGCCAAAGGACUCUACCGCCUGCACCAGACAGAGGAAAAAUCUAAGGUUCAUGGAUGCAUCAACAGCAGCAAGUUCCUGGUGGAUAAAGGCUACACAGUCAAGCUGGGAGGGUUUGAGCUGUCAAAAACGGAGACUUCACUGAAGAAGUCGAUAAAGACGUCAACACACAGAGAGGAGGGCCACUGCUACUACACUCCUCAAAAGCUCAACAACAUCAACCACAAGUACAGCAAAGAGUGCGAGAUAUACAGCUUUGGAAUCGUCUUGUGGGAAAUUGCAACCCGUAAGAAACCUUUUGAUGGCUUGACGAUUCAGGAUGUGUAUCAGAAAGUGUACACAGAGAAAUAUCAGGAACCACUCCCUGACGACUGUCCUGAACCACUUGGAUCUCUGAUCAAUGACUGUCGGGCCUAUGAUAGCUUCCAAAGACCUAAUGCUGGAGUGCUGGUGGAUAAACUAGGCAUUGUGGUGGCACAGUUAGAGGAGUAAUAAAACAUCACUCCUCUGCCUCUCUGUGAGCAGCACUCAGGUCAUCCUCAGCACAAGAAAUACAAAAAGUCUGAAAACAAGCCUGUAGCUUGCUGAAAACUCCAUAAUCCAAAGGAUGGUUUACAAGGCACUAUCCUUUUACUGUAACUCUUGGAUAAGUAUAUCAUACUGUUCUAACCAGGAACCUGUUUCCAAAAAUAAACCUCAUGGAUCUGCUUAUACGUGUGUUAUUUGAACAGCAUUAUAACUCUAAAUGUUUUUUAAAUGGGUGUCCUAAAAAAAUGGUAACAUGGGUUGUUUUAGAGAUGUUGAUAUAGACAUAUAAAUCAUUACAUUGUAUUUUAUAGCACAGAACCUACAUUACAGCAUAUACUGUAACUGUCACACAUGUAAAGGAUGUUAUGAAUGUUAGCUCUCUCUCAUCUAACUGAAAAAGGCCUUUACCUAUUGUUACAACUCAACAUUACAACAAAAUACUAUUUUCAAACUGUGUUAUGUUUUACGUAAAUGGGUUUGUGUGUACCAUGACCAUGACUGCUCUUGGCAAGUAAAAGUGGUGUUUGGAGUAACAUGGGUGCUGAUGUUUAAAUACGAAUAAAAUAUGAAUCAUGAAACCA